AUGGAAUUGAAGAAGAUAAGCUUGUGGCUAAUUGUAAGGCUCGAUGGAUCACUGUUAGCUCAGUUAAAGAUCCAAUAUGUGCUUCGAGACAAGGUCUUGGUGGCUCAACAGGUGGAUGGAAAAGUAAAGGAGAUCAAGAAGAGGGUAAACCAGGGUACAGAGAAAGCAUUCCAAAUGUUAUCUAAUGGGCUAAUAGCUAUGGGUAGGCAAAUUUAUUUGCCUGGUGAUAAUACUUUGAAAGAAGUUUUAAAAGAAGCUCAUGAAUCCCGAUUUGCUACUCAUCCUGGAAGUACAAAUGUAACACUCGACGAUUUCACGGAUGGUCAAUCGGAAAGGACCAUUCAAACUCUCGAGGAUCUCCUCCUGUGUGCUGGAGUUUGGAGGGAACUGAGAGGAUCUCCUACCAUUGGAGAAAGGAAGCUUUUAGGACCUGAAAUGCUGCAACUGACAACUGACAAAGUGAGGGUGAUUAGAAAGAGGAUUAAGGAAGCCUAUGAUAGACAAAAAAGUUACGCAGAUAGCCGAAGAAGGCCUUUGGAAUUCCAAAUGGGGGAUAAGAUUCACAAUGUAUUCCAUGUGUCAUUGUUGCGGAAAGCCAAGAUAAACCCCUCACGGGUAUUGCCACAAGUUCCUAUGAACAUUAAAGGGUAUCUAACCAUGGAAGCUAAGCCUGUCAAGAUCUUGGAUUGA